AUAUGAUCAAAGCAACUUCAAUUCUGCACAAAGCCCAGGUGUUAAAUGCCAGGCCAGCUGAGCUCCUGGAGUUAGCCAUACGUAACCUUAAAGCUGGGGAGAAACCGAUACUGUCCCCCAAGGAGGAGGAGCAUUCCAUAGGCAGAGAUGUACAAACAGUUGUUCCAGUAAGCAUGUCAACUUAUGGUAGGAACCAGGAACUUCAUCUUCCUGCUCGGAUUCCUGUCAACCACACAGUAGAACAGCCUAAACCUGCCAGCAAGGAGCCCUUGUCAGAUUGGAAACUGCCAGCUCUUGUCAGCCGGCAUGUUUCGCCAGAGGUGUGAUAACAUUCUUUAUGUGCUACUACUCUCUAUGCGAUG